GCUUCAUCGAUAUCGGAUUAGAUUUAGAACUAAUUAAUUCAGUUUUGGUCCUAGAACGCGUACGAUAACUAUCUCGCUUAAGAGAUUAUACAAAUUUUAUACGAAAUAAAAUUACUUUGUGACAAUUUUCGAUAGCAUCCUCGAGAAUAAAUUGAAUUCUCAACAAUGUCUUUCGUUAAUUAUUAUUCCGUGGGGGCAUUUUUCUUAACGAGUUUAGUAUUUGUUUUAUACGCACCGAGUGAUUGUGAUCAAUUCAAUAGAACAAGAAAAAAGAAUCGCAAAAGUAAAAAUGUGGCGUCAAAAAUCAGGGAAGAGUACAGUGGUAUCAAUUGGGAAAAUUGGAAGUUAUUAAAAUCGUACCUAGACGAUUUAUUGGUGGGCCACAAUUAUUGGCAGUUGGGUAACGAUGAUACAGAGUCCGAAGACACAGAGGAAAUCAUCGAUGCCAACAAUAAUCUCCGCUCUGUAUCCGAAUACGUCGAUGCUGCUUCGCAACUACACAAAUAUGAUUCUUACCUGGAUGAUAGUACCAAAUAUUAUGAAUCGGGACAUCUAUUCAACAAAGUCGAAGAGAAGAAGCACAGAACAUUAAAAAAUCAUUUACAAGGUAUGUUGAAUCGCACAAAGAACGCAUUCAAAAGUCACGCCAAAAAGAUUAACAGCAAGUUUAAUAAAACGAACAGCUACGUGGCGCUCAAUUCAGAUCAAUCAAAAUGGUCGAAAUAAACGAUUCAGUUAUUUAUAUAAAAUUAUUACUUUUAUUUUCAAUCCAAAGAAUUGUAUGGCAACCAAGAAGAAAAUUAUGCCAGUUAUAAACAAAUGAAUUAUCAAAUAUUUGUUGCGAUUUGAUAUACGUCUAUUAAAACGAAAUAUCAAUGGUAUUUUAAAUUAUCAAAAAACGUUUCAUUCAAUGGAAAUGAUGAACGAAAAAACACAAUGUAUUGACUUGAUUGUUUUUAUUUUAGAAUUUAUUUUCCGAUAUGGAAAUUUGUUCUUUUAUUAUUAUAGUCAUUAUUAUGUUUUUGACAUAUAUUUCACUCAAGAUGUAUGAUCAUUUUGUUAAUUAAUCAUUUAUACGUAUUAAUCAACGUAAGAAACGGAAUGCGUUCAAAUUGUAUUCUAGAUUACGAAUGAUCUUUUUUAAUUAAAUUUUUUUCAGAAAAAUAAUGAUAGCUGCGAAAAUAUGUAACUGAUCAUUAUUUGUUCCGAAAAAAAAUGAAAAGUAAACGAUUGUAUCGAAAAAAAGGUUGUUAGGAAAAUAGUUUUCAAUAAUGUUAAUGAACGCAUGAAAGUUAAUUUUUAUUUUUUACUAUAUUAAAUAAAUUUAGUAACAAUAUCACAAAA